AUGGAUAAUAAUCAGAAUAAAAGUGAAUCACUCAAUAGAAAUAGUCGUCUGCAAAAAUGGUGGCGUGACCCACGAGCGAAAAUCAUCGGUAUUGCUGGUGUGAUUAUCGUAGUUUUUAUAGUGACGUUGUCGCUAUUGUUGAAAUUCGUUGUUUUCGCACCUACCAAGCCAGUAAACUCUACCACGACCAUUACAUCAACGCUAACACCACUAACAACAACAACAACAACGACAUCGACUUCAUCGUCAACAACGACUACGACCACAACUCAACGACCAAGCUGGUCUAGUACUGGUAAUAUGAACAGUCCACGAAGCUACCAUCAAGCAUCUGUUUUAACCAAUGGAAAGGUGUUAGUUACGGGUGGAUAUAAUUAUAAUCAUUCUCUAAGUAGUGCUGAACUGUAUGAUCCAUCGACGGGAACAUGGACAAUGACUGGUAACAUGCAUAAUGCACGAUACAAACAUAAGUCAUCCGUCUUAAAAGAUGGAAAAGUAUUAGUUAUUGGUGGAGUUUCGAAUGGUGUGUCGACGAAAAGUGCCGAGUUAUAUGAUCCAACAACCGGUAAUUGGACCGUGACUGUGACUGGUGGAUCGGGUGAACGUGAUUCGGAACGGAGUGCUGAACUAUAUGAUCCAUUAACAGGUGAAUGGACACGUACUGGUGACAUGCAUAUUGAACGGAUUUCCCAUACUGCAUCCAUCUUAAAAGAUGGAAAAGUGUUAGUCACUGGAGGAGGUUUUGCUGACUAUGGAAGCAGUACUGAGUUGUAUGAUCCGGUAACAGGUAACUGGACGUUGACUAGUAGAAUGCAUCAUGGACGAGGAGGGCACACAGCAUCCGUCUUAAAAAACGGAACGGUUUUAGUUGUUGGUGGAGAUAGUUCCACUGGCGCUGCAUAUACUGCUGAGUUUUAUGAUCUAGCGACAGGUAAUUGGACUAUAACUGGUAGAUUAAUCACUACACGAUGGUAUCACACAGCAUCCGUGUUAAUAAAUGGAAAAUUAUUAGUUGCUGGUGGAAGUAUUGCUGGGUACAAUAUCACUGAGUUGUAUGAUCCAUCAACAGGUAAUUGGAGCAGUGCUGGUAACAUGAAGUCAGCACGAAAAGAUCACGCAGCAUCUAUUUUAACGAAUGGUAAAGUAUUGGUUACUGGUGGAGAUGAUAAUGGUAUUUAUCUUAAUGGUGCUGAAUUGUAUGAUCCAGUAACAGAAACUUAA